UCCACUGCGCGGCGGCCGGCCAUGUUGCUUCGUGUUGUUCCGGUAUUCAGCACUUUAUCCACCAGCCUGAGCAGCCGCUCUCCUCCCUCACUGAAGGAAGAAAGACGCGACUUCAACGGUGGUGUGAAUAAUGGAUUUGUUUUAUUAUUUAUUUACUGAUAUUUUUACAGCCAGACGACUUUGAACGUUGCCCUGAACAGCAGAGAGUUUACUGCGUCCCUCAGGCGUCGUGUUUCUUUCACCGAGUUGUGAGUGGACUCGGUUCUGGGCGGACUGUGGAGGAAUCUGUGAGGGGUUUUGGGGAUUUGCCCGCCCGCCCGGCUGGAUGGCUAGCUAGCUAACAGUUGCUAAUGCGUGUCUGUAUUGGGUUAGUUGGUUCAGUUCUGCGGUACACCGCUGUAAUUAGUGUUUUACAUGACUGUAUGAGCUCUGACGUUGUUUUUUCCACCGGUAUCGGUUUCGUUUGAGGUCGGUUACACUGAUUUUGUUCGUCAUUCUGUGUGUGGUGUUUUUUUUUUUUUCUUUCUUUCUGCAGCGGUUGUCAAGUUAAGGUGAGCUAGCUGGCUAGCUAACACUACCUGGCUAGCUACGCUACCUGCUACCUGAGCCCAGUUCGGCCUAACAUACUUGAUUUUAAUCGUUUAUUUACCAGGAAAAUAUUUAUAAAAACUGUACAAAUCUUUAUUUUUCAUGGUUUGGGCAUGUUUUGCUGUUUCAGACAUACUGAAGCUACCGAGUAGUCAGAUUUCUAUUGGCUUUAAAUCUCCUCAGUUAGCUAAGCUUGGUGUAAAGUUCAUGCUAACUAAAGCAAGGUUGGAGAAAAUUUAGUCAGGUAGGGCUCAGUUCAGUGUGCUUUUUCUUCUUCGAUACACUGUUGACAUGGACACGUCCUUGUAACUAAAGUGGGACUCGACUUGUUGAUGUGUCUGCGUGGCUGACGAGUGCUAGCUGCUUUUUCACAUCCCUUUUGGACUCGCUCGCUCACUAUCAUCUGUCACACACGGUUAUUAAAUGCACGAUUAAAUAUAUUCUCCCCUCCUUCGGACACAUUUCUGAAAUCCUCACAAAUGUCAACACGGAAUCAAGGAUUAGGAGUCAUCGAGCAUUCUUCUGGACAGACCCCCAUAGACGCCAAAGCAGGAGGACGUUCAAGCAUGUCACGAAGCCGCAACCCGGUCACCGCGACAACGGACGAGCACCCGCACGUCGGAAACUACCGUCUGCUCAAGACCAUCGGCAAGGGCAACUUUGCGAAAGUUAAAUUGGCCAAGCAUGUCCUCACGGGAAAAGAGGUGGCAGUGAAAAUCAUCGACAAGACCCAGCUCAAUUCUUCCAGUCUUCAAAAACUCUUCCGAGAAGUGCGAAUCAUGAAGCUUUUAAACCAUCCAAAUAUAGUGAAGUUAUUUGAGGUGAUCGAGACAGAGAAGACACUGUAUUUGGUUAUGGAGUACGCCAGUGGAGGUGAGGUUUUUGAUUACCUCGUCGCUCAUGGAAGGAUGAAAGAAAAGGAGGCUCGUGCCAAAUUCAGACAGAUUGUUUCUGCUGUGCAGUACUGCCACCAGAAGUGCAUUGUACACAGGGACCUAAAGGCUGAAAACCUUUUGUUAGAUGCAGAUAUGAACAUUAAGAUAGCAGACUUUGGUUUCAGCAACGAGUUUACAGUGGGAAAUAAGCUGGAUACAUUCUGCGGCAGCCCUCCCUACGCCGCCCCUGAGCUCUUUCAAGGCAAAAAGUACGACGGGCCCGAGGUGGAUGUCUGGAGCUUGGGGGUCAUUCUCUACACACUGGUCAGCGGCUCCCUGCCGUUUGACGGACAAAAUUUGAAGGAGCUUAGAGAGCGUGUGUUGAGGGGGAAGUACAGGAUUCCCUUCUAUAUGUCGACAGACUGCGAGAAUCUACUGAAGAAAUUCCUUAUUCUCAACCCAACCAAAAGAGGCAGUCUAGAGCAGAUCAUGAAAGACCGUUGGAUGAAUGUGGGUCAUGAGGAGGAGGAAUUAAAACCCUACAUAGAGCCCCAGCCUGACUAUAAGGACCCCAAGAGAACAGAUAUAAUGCUCCAAAUGGGCUACACACAAGAGGAAAUUCAAGAUUCACUUGUAAAACAAACAUAUGAUGAGAUUAUGGCGACUUACCUGCUACUUGACUAUAAGAACUCUGAGCUUGACGAGGGCGUCAACAUGUUGAUCAAACUGCGACCAGGAAGUGACCUCACAAACAGUAAUGCACCUUCUCCACCUCAUAAGGUACAACGCAGCGUGUCGUCUACUCAGAAACCGCGAAGGCCCACAGAUCAGGUCACGUACUCUAAAAGGCCUCAGGGGGAUAACAAGUACACAGCUGACGAUUCUGGGCGGAAAGGGUCCAGUAGCUCGACCAAAGUGCCACCCAGCCCCAUCAUCCCAGGAGACAGCAAAAAGAGCUCCACGCCCUCCACUAACAGUAUCCUCUCCACGGGAACAAGCCGCAGCAGAAACUCUCCACUGGCAGACAGAGCCUUGCUGGGAGUCCAGAAUGGCAAGGACAGCCUGAACAUACCCGGGUCCCGCGCCUCCACGGCCUCGGCCGGUGCCGUACUCACAUCCUCCUCGUCCUCACGCUCCCGUCAUCACAAGUCCAUGUCCUCCUCAGCCCACCCAUGCCCCGCUGACCUGCACGCACACCAGCACAGUGGUCCUUCCCAGAGAACGCCUGGUGCAUCGCCCUCGGCUUAUAACAUCAGCAGCGCUACAGGGCCGGAGCGUACCAACUUUCCACGAGGAGUGCCUGCUCGAAACACCUUCCACAUCGGUCAGCAGAGAGGGGCACGGGAUCAGCAAGGCUCACCCUAUCACCCUCCUCCAGCCUCGCCGUCCCUGUCUCACGGCACCAGCCACCAGCGGAGACCACCAACCUCAGGCAUCUUCAGCAAGUUCACUUCCAAAUUUGUGCGCAGAAAUCUAUCACUCAGGUUCCCCAGAAGGAGCCCAUAUGAGGGAGAGAGUCGAGAGGAGGGCAGCAGAUCCAUGCUGAGCAGUGCCGACAAGGCAGAGAAGACCGGAGUAGGAGGUGGGACACUUGGAUCAGGUGGUGGCGAUGAAAACAAGGACUCUCUUUCCUUGUCCUCUCCAAGGGGCGGAACUCCGCCCCUGUCUGCGAAGGAUAACACCAAGCCUCGCUCGCUGCGCUUCACCUGGAGCAUGAAGACCACGUCGUCCAUGGAGCCCAGCGAGAUGAUGAAGGAGAUCCGUAAGGUUCUGGACGCUAACAGCUGCGAAUACGAAGUGCGCGAGCGCUACAUGCUCUUCUGCAUGGCUGGCGUCCCCUCCCACGACGACUUCGUCCAGUGGGAGAUGGAGGUGUGCAAACUACCCCGCCUGUCCCUUAACGGUGUGCGCUUCAAAAGGAUUUCUGGCACUUCCAUCGCCUUCAAGAACAUCGCUUCCAAAAUCGCCAAUGAGCUCAAACUAUGAGGGGGAGAGCGAGAGUGAAAGGGGGGCGGGUGAUGGUUAGAGAUGGUGAUUUAGGGGGAAAUGGGAAGGCACGCAGUAACCACUGAAAUGAGUUGUGAGAUACGACAUGGACAGAUCUUACGGUUUGUUGAAAUAAGCUGUACAGAUACUACAUGCUGUGUAAAUACAGUGUGGGGUAUGAGAGCAAAAAAGUGCUGUAUAUGAUGAUUUUGCUGGUUUCAGGAUCACUAGCCUUUACUCUCAUUUAUCAGUUCAGAAAGGGGGUGAAAGGAAAGAAACGCAGUUGUUUUACUGGUGUCCACUAUGAGAAGAUCCUGAUUUGAUAAACUUGAACUCGUUUUGGUCUUCACUCACUCGUAUCACACCACACGCACUGGGCAUCCGGACAGAGUUUAUAUCAUCUGCACAUGGUUUCGUUUUGUUUCGCUGUGCGGAUUGGGGUCAGAGUUUGCCCACAAACCCACUCUCACCCAACAUUUCUUCCUUUUUGUUCUGUCAACGGGGUUAAACCUCAUCAGCACCCAAAAAAAAAAAGCCACCACUUGAAUACCGCUCAAGGGAUUGCGUGUUAUGGUUUGGGGGAUUUUUAGUUCUGCAUUGACUGACUGUGUCGUGAUUUGUUGCACUGGAAUGGGUCUAUUUUUGUUGUCUUUUUUUCUCCCCCUUUCUGAAGAGAAAUCAAAUGUACUUCAAUGUUGUAAAAUCAGUGAUUUAUGCAACGUCAUCAUUAGGACGUUUUUUUUUUUUUUUUAAUUUCUUGUGCUUUUAAAAUUCGUUCGUGUCAUGCUGUGAUGAAUGCCACACUCAAACUACAGACUCCACCAAACCUCCUGUUCCCCUUGGACUAAACAAUCACUGGAAAAGACACUGCGAAAAACGUCGCCUGCAUCAGCAGAGCUGUCAUUACGAGACUGAUCUGAUCUCCGAAUGCCUGCUUGGGCUUCGGCUCUGAGCCCACUUUCCAAAUCCAGGACGUCUGAAAGCUGCAGUGGUUUGGUAGCAAAUUAAAUGAGCCCCGACGUUACUUUGAGCAUUACCUUUUUCAUGCUUGUCCCCUUCGGUCAUGUGCGUUAGUCUGAAUGAGAGCGAAUCAUCUGUGUAUAACCAAAAGGUUGCGUUGGGCUUUUUGUCUUGACCUUCAUGCAGUAAGUAGCAGCAAGCUCACAGAGAACUACACAUCAGGAGCACAUGGUCUGACUACCACUUGAUUUUCAAUAAGUUCUUCUCAGUUUUGAUAUUCUUGCUCAGGCAUUAGUAGAGCCAGCUGACGGAGGCAGAUGUGCGAGAGGAAGGUGAGCUACGUCCACUAUGUCUUGCCACCGCGCUAUACAUGUUGUGCAUGCAUGGAUACACACUCGGUUAUUAUCGAAACAGCAGGGAGAGGAACAGAGUCUCUUCCAAGUCUGUGAGUGGUUUGUGGGACACUUGUGCACCUCCUGUGUUUUAUAACUUUUUUCAGAAAAUGAUGUUUUUAAUGUCACAUUAUUUGCAGUUCUAUGAAUGAUCAUUUGUCUAAGGUGCUGGGGAUCCAAUUGUCAUUGUUAUCUAUUAAUAUAAUUUUUCUUCAGGGUUGAUUUUAUUUCAUAUUUUUCAUUGCUGUAAUUUUAAUAUUUCUUUGUCAGAGCUGAUGUACGUCAGGGAUAGAGAGAACUCCAAAUGUACAUUUGGUGCAAAGAGAGAUGAUUAUGAUCAGUGAUAGUAAUAAAUGAAUGAAACUCAAA